UUGUAACUCUCACUCACGGCAAAGCUGUCUCCGCGCGCGCGCGUGUCCCGCUCCAGACUCAAAGGAGGAGAGACUCUCCGAAUCUUCGCGACGAUCUUGUCCGCACUCAAUGUCCGGAUAGAUUAAAAACGACGAGGAAACACAACUGCGAGGGGCGAAAGGGAGGGACAGAACCCGCGGAAAUUUGACUCUCGGCUUUUCCCCGCGUUUCAUUUCCUUCGCGCAAAUUUAUGUCGCUGCAAAGUGCUCGCGCUCGUUUAACGUGCCACAGAUUUUGAAGAAUUUUUAAGAAUAACAGUGACGUGAACCGUUCGCGCGUUUAUUCUACUUUGUUUCUCAUACGAAAUAGUGCUGUUGAUAGAAUUUUUGUCAAGUGAUACCAACCGAGUUUUCCAGUGAAUUGAGAGGAACGAAAUUCAGGAUACUUUCUCGAAGCCUGUCGCAGUCCUCGUUUCCACCGAAUUUCCGCUCCAACUUUUUGUGUGUUUUCUCCUUUCUCAUGCUCCAACGCAACCGUUUUGUUUUACUCGCGUUUUUGCCGCUCUGUGAAUCCUGAAGAGGAACAACGCCGUUGCUCAAUAGAUUAUGGAAGCUAUCGGUGAUACCAGGAAACACGAAAAUAUUUGACAUCUUACGAGGUUUGAGAGAACGCUUCGAACCCUAAGAGGGGACCAUAUUGCGGUGAAGGCGCUACGACGCCUACGUCCAGAUCUCCUGUCACCUCGCAAAGAUUUACGAUUGAAAUCAACGCGAGCUUGAGCCAUGGUGUCGAGGCGAAAAAUUUUAUCCCGCUCGAGGGACAACCUCGCCGAGGCUCAAUACGAGGAACAAGAAGAGGAAGACGUCUGGUAUAAUUUGGACAAACUUUACAAGGAUCACAUACAAGAGGUCCUCGACAAAUGGAAUCAGAUCGAUGACGAGAUCUGGGCUAAAGUGAUAGUCUUUGAGCGAAACAGACGAGUCGCCAAGGCAUACGCGAGAGCUCCGGUUCUCACGGUAAACGGUUCGAACGAUGGUUUCGAUGGGUUUAGAAUAGGGCUUUGCGGCUUCGACAAUCCGAUGCGCGAUCCCAAAACUGAGGAAGCGAAGCGUCACAUCAACCAAGGCGUCAAAAUAAAAAUGGACGACCAAGGCAACAUUUUGAUCAAGAGGUUGUGCAAAAGCAACGUCUACAUCAAAACAACGAAUCAAGAAGACAAUGCGAUCGGUGGCGAGAUCCUACGGAAUUCGCAAGGAGCACUCGAGCUCGAGAAACCUGGAAAACUGUUUGAUAUGAACAAAUAUCAGACUAAUUUAUCGAGAGAAACGAGAAGGGCGUAUCCUGACAGGCGGAGAUUGGAGACUCAGUGCCUGAGCGCAAUCGUAUUCGUUCGCACCGAAGCGGACUUGCUUCAAUGUCCAGUUUGGGUUUUAAUCGUAAACGUCGUUGGUCUUGACAUGCUCAAAUCGAAGUUACCACCAGUACUCGCCCUCCAAAGGCCUGUCGACAUUAAAAAUCGUCCACGAAUCCCGAUCCCUGACGAGGAUCCCUACAGCGUUGCUGGUGUCUCUUCGUCCUCGGGCCCCAGCGAAGCUUUGAACGCGGCCAGAGAUCCGCGCGAGCAAAUAUACGUCCAGUCCGGCACUUAUCAGCCGCGAAGAGGCGAGAGACCGCCCAAAUUACCACCGCGUGAAAAUCUCUAUGGCCACGACAUCUCUCACAUUCCUAAGCCCGACUACGACGACAUUGAGGACGAUUAUGGAACGAAUCACCGACAAGCUGUGAUAGUGAACGAGGAGAAGAAGAGUAAAAAGAACGAUAGUAAAAAAUAUGACGAUCCUUAUUACUGCGGUCUGAGAGCGAGAGUACCGAAUUUCGUGAAAAUGGCGAAAAACGGUCACACGAAAAUAAUGUCGCCUCAUGGAUACGUUCGACCGCAACCUGCGCCUUCCUACGUGAGCAACGGCAACGGCGGAUACGUCAGUAGUCAAUCGUCACAAAUUUAUGGUCAUCACGUGCAAACCAAGCGACCACCCAUUGUCUAUCACGCGAGAAGCUUCGAGAGCGGACUCGGUACAUUCGGACGACAGAAUUGAUUCUCCGUACAACCACAUUUAUGGAAGGUUACCCAUCCCGACGAGAGGCGUAAUUCCACCAGCACCCCGUGCGAUGUACAUCGGCGAAUGGGAUUAAUAUUAAGUGAAAAAUAUCUUCGUAUCUUGUACCUACAAACUGUAUAUUGUUAAUAUACCACAUAAAUACUCAUA